AAAUGCAUUUCGGGAAUUGUUCAUUGAAGAAUUCGCAUUUAGGUCCAGAACUCGAGAAACAAGGUGAUGCAUGGUUUAAAGUCAGAGAUAACAAUGCCAAACCAACGAGAACAUCCUAGAACUAAACAUCCCUGGACAUUGUCAAGAACAAACGAGAAUCAUCAAGAAAUUCCAAAUACUGUUUUCCUCGAAAAAUUAAAACAACGUUUUGAUAAGUCUUCAAGAAGAGAACACAAUGUCUCAUACACUGAUCUUAAACUACAAUUCCCACCCAUAAAUAAGAAAAGUGGCAUUGCUUUAAAAUGCAUAUGCCAAAAUUCGGCUCCAGUACAUUCAUUAGAAAAAGGGCAUUCUUAUGAAAGCUUUUCAAGCAAGAAAACUUCAAUCGGCCAUGUGCCUGGUUAUGGGACAGUGAAAAUUAAAAGCAGUCGACUUGUUCGCGUAUCAAGCAAUACUUUGGGAUCUAUUCGUGUUUCAGGUUCCAAUAACCAUUCUGGAUAUCUGGCUGGAAGACAAAUUUUUAUUCCAAAGGAAGCAAGGAGAGGUGUCGACACUUUUACUUCAGUGCCAGGGACAACUUUUCCUGAGACAAUCCCUCCAAAAGAAACACCUUCGUGCUAUGGAACAGUCCUGCCUCCCAUUGGUUCAACACAAACAACAGUGCCAUCUAGUAGCCAAAAUUACAGAAAGAAAGAUGCUAGGAUGAAGACGCAGACGAUAAGCCGAGAUCGUUUGCCCAAGAAGAAGACCAAAUAUGAUUUAGACAUCAUAAACUCUCGAGCCAAGAAACCUCCAUUUAAUACAUAUACCGAUGAAGAGGCCUCCAGGAGAUUCAUUAAUCAUUAUUAUGGAUAAAAUUUAACCAUUAAUUCGCAGGGAAAGUUUACAUGCAGGUUUAUACGAUUUGUAAAAUUGGAUAUUUUCUUUGUGCACAUACAAAACUAUCAGAACUAUUGUUUUGAAUUAAAAUUUGUAAUACAAGUCACUCUAUCGAUCUUGAUGCAUUGACAACAAAGUUUUUAAAAGAAAAUCAUAUCAUAAAAAUUGGUCAAAUAAUUAUUUGACAAAUUCUAGUGGAUUAAAUUUC